CUGAAGACAGCGCUUAUACAUGUGUGAGGUUUAAGGCUUCCAGCACAACUGAGCCUGGAGUGAGUGGAGCAACAACCAGACAAGAACUCAAGCUACAGCAACAACAGCCUGUGAACUCCAGAGACGACAUGGUGCUCCAGUCUUUGUGGACGCUCAUUGUGAGAAACUCUUCCGUCCUACAGUCGCCUGUCUUCCCUGUCUUCUUCUCCCUCGGGGUUUAUCUAACACUGUGUCUUCCUUUCCUGCUGCUGGACCUGCUGGCCCCCAGGUGGGCCCUGGUGCGCAAGUACAAGCUCCAGCCUCACAGCUCCAUCAGCUGGGUCUCUGUGCGGACCUGCCUGGUUCAGACUUUUUAUAACCACGUGGUCUUCAUCUUCCCCCUCACUGUGCUAAACUGGUACCUGAGGCCCAUUGACCUGCCCACUGAGGCCCCCUCUCUGCCCUGCGUCGUCCUCCAGGUGUUGGCCUGCCUGCUGCUCUUCGACUUCCAGAGCUUCACCUGGCACCUGCUCCACCACAGGGUUCCAUGGCUCUACCGCAACUUCCACAAGAUGCACCACAACUUCACCUCCACCUCUGCCCUCACCACUGAGUACUCAGGAGUGUGGGAGACUCUGAGUCUGGGGGUGUUUGCUGCUGCUAACACUGCCCUGCUGGGAUGUCACCCUCUCACCGAACUCAUCUUCUUUGUGUUCAACAUGUGGCUGUCGGUGGAGGACCACUGUGGCUACGACCUGCCCUGGGCCACGCACCGCAUUGUCCCACUGGGACUGUACGGUGGUGCUCCUCACCACAGCUUGCACCACCUCAAGUCCUCAUGCAACUUCGCCCCCUACUUUACGCACAUGGACCGACUAGCUGGGACACUGCAGACUAAAGAGUGAGGACAGAAGUGUCUGAGGGACAAGUGGUUCCUGAUGAAGGAGACGUUGAUGAAAGGAGACACUGAUGGAGAUCAGGAUGAAGGAGAUGAAGAUGAAGCUCACACCAACACCUUCAUGAAGGCUGACAGAAAAUGUAAAUCAAUAU